GGAGUCUAUUCGGAACUCCUCUAUUUUUAUGGAUAUAUUACCAUAACAGAAUUGACAUGAAAGCCUGAUGCAAGACUUAUUACUAGAUGACUAUAUGUAACUUAAGUGAUAUUCUAAAUUACUAGGUGGCAUGUUUCUGUAAUGGGAAACUUUUUGAGUCAAUUAGAAAAGCCAGGAAAAGAAAUAAUUAACUCAUCAGAAAAGACAAAAAAAGAGAACCAAACUAAAGAAGAAAUUAUAGCUCAACAUGCAGCUAAGCUGAAAAACAAGGAAGAAAAAAGGGAACAAUUUCUUGACUACAUGAAUGGAAAAGACUGUCUGGGUUGUAAAGUUGUAGCAACAGUUAAUCCUUUGGUUCUAGCUGGUAUUACAGGCUACUACUACAAGAAACAGAAUAUAAAGUUUUUAAAGCCGUCAUGGAGAUAUUGUAUUCAUGCGACAUAUGGAACCCUUAUUUUUGGUUUAGUGUGGAUGUCAUUCAUGGGAUUAACAGGAUCCUAUUCUAUAAAGAGAUCAAAUGAAACAUUCACAGAAUACUUACAAAGAGAUAACCAGACAGUAAUGAACAAUGCAAGGGCAUUAUUUAAAUCUGACCGGACAGACAAAGUGAAGGAGUAAUUUUUAAUUGUGUUACAUAUGAUUUUACCUUUGAUAAAGUAUUUUGUUCGCCA